AUGGCUGAACUCAACGUGGUGUUCAAACGUUGGAAGGUUGCAGGGAAAGCCAUACAAAAUCUCAUGUUCCACCACACCCACCACUGGUCCACCACCUCCUCCUCCUCCUCCUCCGCGACUCCCGGACGCAGCAGCUCACCACUUGACUCACCAAAUGAAUCUGAGUUUAGCUGCACUAACAGCCCAGCUCACCCUAACUUCCAUCUUCCCUUUCACCUCAAAAAACGUAAGCCCAGCAACCAUCUUGUGACGGAGGAGGAUUUGAUGACUAUGACGAAGACAGCGGAGAUGUUUUACAGCGCGGAGGCGUCACCAGCUUCUUCGGGGUUUGGGAAGAGCCAUAUGGUUAGGCAGCUGAGGGUGACAGAUUCUCCAUUUCCAUUGAGAGGUGCUGAUGAAGAUAAUCAAGUAGAUAAAGAUGCUGAGGAGUUUAUAGCGAAGUUCUACAAUAAUUUGAAGAGGCAAAUUGAAAUGGCAACCCCUCGUCGAGGGGAAAGCCAAACGCAAUCGCAUGUUCCACCACUGGUCCUCGACCACUUCCGCCACUCACAACCACCAUGCCCACCUCUUCUCCUCCACUCACUGGCAGCCGCCGCCGCAACCAGGGACGGAGGAGGAUACUCUCCAUUUACAUUGCAAGAUGUCGAUGAGGACAAUCAUGUAGAUGAGGCUGCCGAGAAGUUCAUAAUGAAAUUCUACAAUGAUUUGAGGCGGCAAAUUUAA